CGAGCCCUGCGGCUUUGAGCCCACGUACCAGGAGCUGGCGAGCGCCGUGAAGGAGGAGUACCCCGACAUCGAGAUUGAGUCCAGGCUGGGGGGCACAGGUGCCUUCGAGAUUGAGAUCAACGGGCAGCUGGUCUUUUCCAAGCUGGAGAACGGAGGGUUUUCCUACGAGA